GUGGUCGGUGUUCUGGCAAAAGAAGUACCAAAAAUAGAAGAAGAAGACUAUAACCAAUUAAAGAGAUAUUUGCAAGAAGGAUAUAUAGAAAACAAUCUAGAUAAAAAGCAAAGGAAAUAA